GACAUGGUGAAGGAUACACUGUCUUGGUGACUACUGUGAACUAAGACUGUGGGAGUGUCAGUGUUAUGGUCUCGCUCAGGACCAUGUGCCGUGCUUAAUUCUAUAUAUAGUGCCUCAGCCUAAUGACCACGAGUCACUGUACUUCUCGUGGGUCAGUGUAAUUAUCAUGGGGCAGUGUAACUGUGGCAGGAUGACGGGCCGCAGUGAGUGAGGCGGCCACAGAGCGUCAUGCCCGGGCCGCCGCCCAUCAUCCAGGCCGCCCUGGCUGCUAGUGUGGGUGUAGGGGGCGUUACGCCCCCCUUCACCAUCCCAGCUCACUUCCCGCCUUACGCCUACCUCCCACCCGCCGCCCACGAGUCCCUGCUACACCCAAAUUUCCCGUCAGAGGCUGAUACACUCGCUUAUGUUGAUGCUCUCAAGCACUCGGACCUGAGUGAUUGGAGGUCCUUGCAGGAGGUGGCGGCUCGGGCUGGUGCUGGGUCUUGUUCGGGCGCAGUGACCACCUCCGUGCUGACCGCACUCUACCUCCUGGGCCUUUUCAAUCUGUGUGUCGCCUCUCCCGCCUCCUGCUGCGUCCCUCCUGCCGCAGGACGUCGACGUCGCAGGACGGUAGACCCAACCCUGCCUCCACUGCUCAACAACCUGCCGUAUAACCUCUCUAGUCUCUCCCUGGAGCAGUUCCGCUCCCUUCCUCACGUCACCACCCCCGACGGGGGGCGAGUCCCCCUACACAUCUCUGUUGUCGAGCAGGUUCGUAAGUUGUGGGAUUCGAAUCCACGGCUGCUGUCGUCAAGGUCGUGUUCGUCGGCGAUGGAGUCUGUCCGUUCUUCGUUCAUCUCUCUGAGCGGUGUGGCGUCGGGCAUCAUCCUGGCAUACAGUGUGGCGCAGCUGGCUCAGUGCUACCCUGACCACACCCUUGACCCCAGCACCCCGCCAAAGAUCUGGCUUUUUCCCAUCCCCAGGACUGUCUCGCCUCAACCAUACUCCCCCAUCCCCAUGCUUCCCGGGCAGAUCCCAGUAUUAGGUAAGGACGAGGAUGACGAUGGGUGUGACAGGGAUGAGGUGCCCCUCGGGUAUGACAGCUGUGCCCAGCUGCUGUCUGCUGAGCCCUGCCCCUACAAGCACUGGGUCCUCCUCAACAAGGACACCCGCAUGGGAGAGUGUGUGCCACGACUUUGUGCUGACAACUUUGUGUAUAUUGAAGCUGAUCAGAUGUGCCAUGAUAUUAAUGAAGCCGACAUCUGUCCUGGUAACAGACGCCUCUACCUCACAGCCUCAGGAAAAGCUGUCUGUGACUGUCCCGAAGGUAUGUUCCCUGGCCCCCAUGACACCUGCUACUUUCUGUAUGAGCCAGCCUACUGCCAGCAGGGUUCUGUCCUUCAGUUUGACAAGACAACAAAAACCCUCACUUGUAAAGCUGAUCCCUGCGGUCAUGUCAACAGUGACUUGUGGCCUGAUCUACUCCCCUAUGCCCCACGGAAGGAUGGUUCCUGUUAUCGCUUCAAUGAGCAAGGGCCGUGCAAAAGAGGCCAGAGAUUUGGCUAUGACACAGAACAGCUGGAGGCUACAUGUGUGUCACUGCAGGAGGCUGGCCUUGUGCGUCCCCGCAGAUCCUUCAUGUUCCAUCAGAUGUCUUUCCCUGCUGCCCAGGACAACAGAUACCUCCAGUACCAGGUGUCAUACAUCAUUAAGAACCUUACUGACUGGGAACUGGAGGUGAAAGGUAUCAAAAGGACAAGGAGGGAUGUGUCUGGGACCCCUGAAGGAGGUUCUCGGUUACACCCUAGUCAUAAAGUGGUACCUUUCCUCGACACCCGGGAUAUUCCCCGUAGUUUCUAUACAUUAAAGAGACCACGUCGUUCCCGAUGGGGGACUCCCAAACCUAGAAGAGGCAACCAUCGCACCCGGCACCACCGCCACAUCAGAAAUAGGAGAAACCACAGUGAUGGUAGUGAUGCCACAGGAGUUACACUUGGAGCCCUUGCAUUGUCCCCUGGACCAGCAGAUGUUGGAGGACCCCACAAGAACACACGAACUCGGGGUACAACCCGGCAUCGGGCGCGGUCCAGGAAUCAGAAAAGCAGAAGCCAUAGUGCCACUAAAAGCCGAACAGAAGUUGGAAUAGUGAGUGGCAGCACGAUGCACUCUAUCCACUCCACACAGAGAGGAAACUUGGACCACAGCAGUAUUGUCAGGGUGAACCAAACAGCAUUGGCAGCCCCAGUGGUAGUGCAGCAAACAUUGUCCUCGAGGAACACAAGUGCACACUUAAGUUCUAGAGGUGAACAUAGGCAGAACAGAGGCUCUAGAGGUCGCAAAGGAAAGAAGAAAGGUCAUGGACGGAGAAAGAAAGGUCAUGGAGUACGUGGCAAGACAAAACAUGAAAACAGGCAAGAGCGUGGGCAGAGGCGUGGUCGCCGGAGGAAGAAGAAACCAAGUAUGUCUAAUGCUACCCAAACAAAGAGAAAGAAACCGAAGGUGUCAUUGUUCCAUGGGCCAGCUAUGUUACUACCUACAGAUGGCAACACCACUGCUAAUGGCAGUCACAGCAGCAUUGGAAACAGCAAUGGGGAUCAAAACUCUCAUAGUGACAUCUCUGGAGAGAGGCUGGAUGCCGAUGAAGAAUCGCAACAGUCGUCUUCAUCAGAGAUGUCUCUGCCCAAAUACCUGCGUAACCGUGGAAGGCGACAGCUGGGGGAGGGUGGUGGCAUUAUACAGGCACCCUUACUGAGUGCUUGCAAACCUGGUGCGAAGAGAGACUACAACUACAAGUGUCGACCAAAGUUCAUCCCACAGGAACGGGAUCGCCGUAGAGCAGGUGCAGGUUCCAACAGUAUCGCUCCUCGCCCACCCACCAUAACAUGCCCACAGGGCACCCGGCUGGAUCCUCGAGGCAAGUGUCAGCAGGUGAGCUGAGAGGAUCACAAGAAUUUUGGGAAGAAUCAUUUGAACAUCCUAACCCUGCGAUGUGCAGCAUUAAACUCUUGUGGGUUAUUCAGCACAGCAUGGUUCUCUAUCCUCUGUCCACUAAUAUGUGAGGUAGUCAUUUUACUUGCCUUAGUUGGCUGUACCUUAGUAGGAUCAGUGAAGAAUUAUUCUCAAAUAUCAAGAAACUGUAAGUGAUGUAAAUACAGGAAAUUAUAUGCCCCUUUACUUUCACUAGCUACUUUGCUGGUGGAUUCGAGGGAUAAGCCAUGAGGAAUAAAUGAAGGACUAUU